GCUUCUUUCCCAAAGUGUGCAAUACUUUUGAAAAUGUCAGCGUUUUCGUGGGAGUUGGUCAAAGACGCAUUCCUGCUCAAUGUCAACGAUAUAUUCGAGAAUCUCAAGAACUACUCCUUGGACCAACUCAAGGCCGACGUGCAGAAUCCUGAACGUUUGCUUGAAUUCUACAAAUCUACUGAUGCUCUCGUUUUGGCGAUAGCUGCAAUGAUUACUCUAGUGUUGAUUCACUGUGCCAUGGGCGAAUUGACGAGAGACUAUAGUCAAGUUGAUCGUGCCUGGUCGAUUCUGCCGGCCGCUUACGCGUGGCAUUUUGCUUUCCACGAUUAUCUCAAUCGAACGAGCUUUCAUCCGCGUUUAUUGCUUGCAGCUGUAUUGAUCUCGAUCUGGGGAACUCGGUUGACCUAUAAUUUUGCGAGGAAAGGUGGCUAUGGAUGGCAGGGUCGCGAUUAUCGCUUCGUGUAUAUCCAAGAAAAGAUUGGCAAUGUCGGCAUGGCUUUGCUCAACUUUGUCUUCAUUGGACCUUUCCAAGAUACCCUUUUGCUUCUCAUGUGCACGCCAUUGUAUCUGAACACCCUGGAACCAUUAUCGUCACAAGGUGCCUUGAAUCGCGUGGAUGUCUUGGCAUCUGGUCUUUUUCUCAGCCUGUUGCUUUUCGAGGUUAUUGCUGAUGACCAGCAAUUCAUGUUCCAGACGCGCAAGCAUGCAUUACUCGACUACCUGGGCCAUGGUAACAAGGACAAGCUAAAGGGCGACUACAAGCGUGGAUUUAUCUGCAGCAGUGGUUUAUGGCAGUAUAGCCGUCAUCCAAACUUUUUUGCCGAGAUAUCCAUGUGGUGGAGUGUCUACCUGUUUUCGGUGGCUGCUCACGCACAAGCAACAUUGAAGGACAAUCAUGGCGUGGUAGAUUGGAUGGAUCCCAAACUUUACUUGAACUGGACUGUAGUUGGCGCAUUUAUCCUGACGAUGCUUUUCCAGGGCAGUACAUGGCUGACCGAGUAUAUUUCCGCAGAAAAGUACCCUGAAUAUAAGAACUAUCAAAAGUCGGUGAAUCGGUUCAUCCCAUGGUUCCCUCAAAGACAGAAGUCCAAGACGUCCUGAUCGUUGUUUUGCUUUCUGAGCUGACGUGCACGCGAUUGCCAAUUGCUUUUUUUAGCCCCAUUAGCCGACGCCAUUUCUUUCUUUGAAACUCGUGAACACUAUCAAACUUUAUAUAUCUCCUCCUUUUGAUAAUAAAUUUUCGACAUUAUCUGUAUAAAUAUACAACAAGAAUACCACUGAUAUAAACAAGGUUUUGAGACAACGCAGAAUAAAGAAGACGACGAAUGGGUGGAUAGAAAUGAGUCAAUGCAAUCCAUCAAACCAUAUAAGUAACAUGGUGGUUGCACAGACUCCAUGCCAAAUCCAAAUACAAUUAUAUUAUCGGAUACAUUUGGACCCUUCGGCUCCGCCCC